AAUAGCAAACAAAAUAACACUAAUAUAAACGAGAGUGUAUUUAAUCGUGGAUUAUCGCUGUGCGGCAGCUUUCGUGUUUUGCAGAUUCGUGACUGAUGGUUCAAACCUCUGAUCACGAGUCUGCGGGCUCUGAUCUUUCCUUGACUCUCGACCUACCUCUCGCAACCAGAGUCAACUGGAGUGUUUUUUUUUUUUUCGAUCGAGUAAAUCGAAGGUUAAGUUCACGUCGAAGACCAUCAUACGUUUCCUCCAAGAUGACGGAGAACAUAUCAGGUAUUCCUGUAGUGGACUUCAGUGCAAUGAGCCUGACACACAAGGAUCCCUUGAAGGAAAAUGCUGAAGCUGUUAAACAACUCGCUGAUCAAGUUUAUCAGGCUUUUAGUACAAUUGGAUUCGUGUAUCUCAAGAACCAUGGAAUUCCACAAGAAGUGAUUGAUUUCACUUUUGAGACAUACGACAAAUUUUUCAAUCUAAGUCUUGAUGUGAAGCAGAAGUACACCAAGAAAACUGGCACAACUAAAAAUGGCUGGGAUGAACUUGAAAGAGAAAGGAGGGAGAGGUGAACACGUCAGAUUUGGCUGACCCUAUGAUCAUGGCCAUUAUGACGUCACGGCGAAAGAAGCGCGCAAAUGCACAAAAUUUUCGAAAAUGGCGUCGUCGCCUCUCGCUGAUACAACUUUUUGAGGCAGAUUUCUCCUAUCAUUCCAGUUUCAAAUGGUAUUGUAUUUGGAUCUCAAGGAGUGAUUAUCAUUUUUCUUUCUUUAGAGGUAAG